AUGAUUGAUCCACAUAGUUCUUUGAAUUCAACAGCUGGAAUUGGUGUAUUCUUUGCUAAUGAUAACUCAUGCAAUUUAUCGGAACAUUUGCCUAGUCCACAACAAACAAAUAAUCAUGCCAAGUUGUAUGUAGUGAUUCGUGCUCUAGAAGUAACUGCGUCUCAUCUCGAUUUGCUCAUCAACACCGAUAGCAUAUACGUGAUUCAAUCCUAUAAUAUGUACUCAUUCAAGGAUAAUUGUGAUUUAGUAAACCAGAUAAACAAGAUCAUUCAAAUGUGA